GACACCCUCAUUGCUGCACCUGCCCCUGUGCCCGCGGAGUCCCUGCGGUGCAGCCUGGCACAAAUGCAGCAGUCGCCGGGCGUCCCGAGGCCACAUGGAGAACCUCCCGGCUGGCGGACUGCGCCCGGCUGCGACCAUCCGGCCCUCGGCCUCUGCGAAGCCGGGGCCAUUUAUAAGAUGACACUGAGGGAACUUUGGAUUCAAUUCUGAGGCAUUCUUCGAGAUGGACACUUGUAAAUGACUGCAGGCGGUUUCCGGUGCCCCCUGGCGACGGUGCAGCCUUUCCCCCGUCCGCGCUCCCUCCAGCUCCAGCAGGGCGCAGCCGGCCCCGGCCACGUGGGGCUGCCGCCGAGCGCGCCCCCUCCCGGGACGCCCACCCUCGUGCCGGAGGGCGGUGCUGCGGCGGCGCGGGGCGGGCCGCGGGGGCGGGGACGCUGGGCGCAGGAGGCGCGGCCCGGAGCGCCGCGCGCCGGGAGCGGGGCGGCGGGCGCCGGGGCUGGCAUGGCGUGGCCCUGCAUCAGCCGCCUGUGCUGCCUGGCGCGGCGCUGGAACCAGCUGGACCGCUCCGACGUGGCGGUGCCGCUGACCCUGCACGGCUACUCGGACCUCGACAGCGAGGAGCUGGGCCCGGGCGGCGCCGCCUCGCGCAGGGGCCAGCCUCCCGCGGGCGCCCGGGAUUCCGGCCGGGACGUGCCGCUCACUCAGUACCAGCGGGACUUCGGCUUGUGGACGGCGUCCGCCGGGCCCAGGGAUCCGCCGCCGGGGCGCGGACCUGGAGCGGGCGGCCGCAGGGGCAAAUCCUCCGCGCAGUCCUCCGCGCCACCUGCGCCCGGCGCCCGCGGGGUCUACGUGCUGCCCAUCGGCGACGCGGACGCGGCUGCAGCAGCGACCACGUCGUACAGACAGGAAUUCCAGGCUUGGACUGGAGUGAAGCCCUCAAGAUCCACAAAGACAAAACCAGCCCAAGUCAUCACAACCCACACUUCGGGAUGGGACAGCAGCCCUGGGGCCGGCUUCCAGGCCUCAGCUCCCCGGAUUCUCAAUGUGUGACUGCCUGCACCGUGACACCAUGGCUGCUGACAGGAGGCCUGGGGAGUGGCCUCAGGACCCACUGCCGUGGGGCUGGGUGAGAGCAUGGCAUGGGCCCCUCUGGGAGGGCACAGCCCCUCUCAAAGCUGUCGCCAUGGCUGAAGUGCUGGUGCGGGGCAGAUGCACUGAUGGACUUGGCACACCCAGCUCAGCUCAGCCACAAGCGUCCUCUUGAGAAGCCUGUGGAAGGCUCCCGCAUUCUUAACUGCCAUCUGGCCAUCAUCUCUCAGUUUUGAAAUCUGAGGAGCCUGAGGAUCAAGUCAGUUAGGAACCGAAUUGGUCCAUGGAAACUGAGGAAUGUGGACACAUCUGGCCCUUGAAAGAACCAGUUAUGUCCACUUUUGGUGGAUUUCCCAGGAUGCAUGAGCACUUGAUUAAUUUUAUAACCUAUGGUGAGACCCUUGGCUCUUCCUACAAAUGGCCCCUGCAGUUGAAGCUGUCGGAAUCUUGGGCUGUCACCUGCAUGACUCAUGGUGAUGCUGAGUAUCCAGGAGGAAAUUUCCAGAAGAAACAGACCGUCAGUCACGGGCUUCCACUUCACAGACCUCCUUAUGGCCAAGAUGAGCCUCAUGUUUUAACAAAAAACAUUUCUUGGGAUUGAAUGAAUCACAUUUACCUUGUGGUAGGUGUCUAAAGAUGGAAUCCACAUUUUAUUACUAAUUAUUAUUUUCCCCCUAACAUAAGGAUGACAAGAAGGGUACUAUCAUACACACUGGCUAAGAACUGGAACUGUUUUGGGGAAGGUGGCAUUUGUCUUAUUCCUUGAAAUAUCUUAAAAUGUCCUCUACACCAACCCUGCCCCUUCUGUCUACCCUGUGCACAUGCACAGUGACGGGGAACUCACCACCUUUUGAAGAGGCAGUUAUUUUCUUUGCAAAGUUCUCUCCUAACUUCCUCCGUAAAUUCCAGCCAGCAUGGCCACAUGGGUCACGCCUGGUCCCUUCUUUGCACAGCAGCCCUUCACACAUUUGAAGGGUCUACAUCCCUUUUUAAAGCUUAGAGGUACAAGCUCGGGACAGUCUUCAGUAAGGAAAUUUGUGGAUUUCCCUUUGGAUCUUUCUUCCUCUCCAGCCCACAAGUGGCUGUAGUCUUGACGAGCAUUUAAGCUGCAGGUGGUGGCACUCGGGUCUCAAGAGCCACCAGAUGUGCAGGUGGGACAGUGGUUCCAGCUCUGGCUGCCUGUCAGCAUCCCUCCCAGGUGCUAGCCCUGGCAGGCACAGCCCUCCCCUCAUGCCAGCAAAGGAGAUGCUCUUGAUGAGAGGCUUGCUUUAAAGAAGCCCAAACCGUGUGCUUCUCCAAGGGGUUCUGCUAUUCCAGACUUCACGGCUUGCAUGUUUGAUUUUUCUCAGAGAAGAGAGGCUGCCUGCUGGGUAUCUGUGGAAAUGAGAUUAAACUGUGCAAUCUCAGAUUUUACUAAAAUGCAAAAAUGUACAGUUUCAAUUUCUUAAAUUAUAAACAUGAGUCUUCUCA